AGCUGAAAGGAUGCAUCCAAUUUCAAAGCCAUAGUACUUCAUUUGUACUGAAAACUUAUAAAACAAUCCUAUGGAUAGGAUUAUCUGAUAUGUAGUGUGUGCGUCAAAUGUUUGAUACCUAUAUGACCCCUGUAAGUAGGAACCAUUCUUCUCCUCUAUUUAGAGAUGAAGCCCAGGGAGGUUUAGUUCUUUCCCAGAGUCACAGAUCUGUUAAACCCCUCUGAGCACUGAGGUCUGAGAAGCUGAGUUCAUAAAAUCAGCUUGAGGUCAAUUUGAUCCAAGGCGGGCAGAGAGGUGGUGGUCCAACUCAACCUGUAGGUUCUACUGUGAUUGUGAUUUCUCAUGACCUCCCUCUUCCCUCAGGGUCCCCUGGCAAUGGCAGAAAUGAACCCUGCACAGGGUCGUGUGGUCUUUGAGGACGUGGCCAUAUAUUUCUCCCAGGAAGAGUGGGGGCACCUUGAUGAGGCUCAGAGAUUCCUGUACUGUGAGGUGAUGCUGGAGAAUUUGACACUUUUGUCUUCACUAGGUUGUUGGUAUGGAGCCGAGGCUGAGAAGGCAGCUCCUGAGCAAGGUGUUUCUGUAGGAGCACCACAGGUCAGGACUCCAAAGCCAGGUUCAUCCACCCAGAAUGCCCAGCCUAGUGAGACAUGUGACCCACUCUUGAAAGAUAUUCUGCACCUGGCUGAACAAAAUAGAACACAAACUGAACAAAAGAUACAUAUUUGUGAGUCAGAGCCGUACCAGCCCCAAAAGCAGAUUGAAAAGAAUCUUUCCAGAAGGGACAAUUGGAAACUUUCAUUUUUGAAGAACCACGGAGUUCACAUGGCAGAGGGGGCCCUCACGUGCAGGGAAGAUUGGAAGGAAUUGCCAGCCACCUCACGCCUUCUCCAGCACCAAGUCUCUCACUGUGGGUGGAAGCCAGACAGGGAAACUGAGGGCAAGGAAGCCCUUCAGAGUGGACACAAUGAUUACAUAUGCAGUCAAUGUGGGAAAGCCUUCAGAUACAAACAUUCAAUGCUUGAGCACCACAAAAGCCACAGAGGAGAAAGGCCUUAUGAGUGCAGCAAAUGUGGGAAAUUCUUUAGGUACAAUGCCAACUUUGUGAAACAUCAGAGGAUUCACAGUGGAGAAAGGACUUAUGAAUGUAGAGAGUGUGGAAAAUCCUUUAUGUACAACUAUAGACUCAUGAGACAUAAGAGGGUUCACACUGGAGAAAGGCCUUAUGAGUGUGACAUUUGUGGGAAAUUCUUUAGGUACAGUUCCACAUUUUUUAGACAUCAAAGAGUUCACACUGGAGAAAGGCCUUAUGAAUGCAGUGAAUGUGGGAAAUUCUUUAUGGACAGCUCCACACUCAUUAAACACCAGAGAGUUCACACUGGGGAAAGGCCUUAUAAGUGCAGUGAAUGUGGGAAAUUCUUUAGGUACAACUCCACACUCAUUAGACAUCAGAGACUUCACACUGGAGAAAGGCCUUAUGAGUGUAGCAUAUGUGGGGAAUUCUUUAGGUACAACUCUAACCUCAUUAAACAUUGGAGAAAUCACACUGGAGAAAGGCCUUAUAAGUGCAGUGAAUGUGGGAAAUCCUUUAGGUACCACUGCAGACUCAUUAGACACCAGAGAGUUCACACUGGAGAAAGGCCUUAUGAGUGCAGUCAAUGUGGAAAAUUCUUUAGGUACAACUCCAACCUCAUUAAACAUUGGAGAAAUCAUACUGGAGAAAGGCCUUACGAAUGCAGUGAAUGUGGGAAAGCCUUUAGCCACAAACAUAUACUUGUUGAGCACCAGAAAAUCCACACUGGAGAAAGACCUUAUGAAUGCAGUGAGUGCCAGAAGGCCUUCAUUAGGAAAUCCCAUCUGGUUCACCACCAGAAAAUCCACAGUGAAGAGAGGCUUGUCUGUCCUGUAGGUGUGGGGCUUUCUUUAAGUACAGCUCCAGCUUUAUUAAACAUUAGAAAUUUCACAAUGAAGAAAAUUUACCAUUGACCAUUUUAAAUUGACAGUUAAUGCUAUGUAAAUUCAUAUUUCAAAUGCAGUUGAUCUCAGAAACCUUUUUAUCUUGCAGAAGUGAUACCCUAUUCUCUUUCCUGGUGUCCCUGACUAGUACUCUUCUAUACUCUGUUCUAUGGAUUUGUUACCUAUUAGCAUCUUAUAUAAGUAGAGUCAUACAACAUUCAUCUUUUUGUGAAACACUUAUUUCACUUAGGAUAAUGUUCUUAAGGUUCACCCAUUUGUAGCAUGUGUCAGAAAUCCUCACCCCACUGACUUUUUCCCCAGUGAAAUAAUAUUCCAUUGUAUGUACAUAACACAUUUCUUUAUCUAUUCAUUGGUUAAUGGACAUUGGGUUUCUUUUACUUUUUGACUACUAGGGAAAGUGCUGUUAUGAACAUAAAUGUACAUACAUAGCUUUUUGAAACCCCACUUCAGUUCUGUUUGGGUAUUAGAGUAUAUGCUCAGAAGGGGAAAUUUUGGAUCAUAAAAUAUUUUUAGGGACUGUUUUCCGUACUACCUGCACCAGUUAUGUUUUUACAACAGUGCAAGGGUUUCAUUUUCUAUAUCCUUGCCAGUAUGCCAAUACUUCAGUUCUCUCUCUCUCUCUCUCUCUCUCUCUGGAAUUGUUUUUGUUGUUGUUGUUUUAUAGCAGCUAUCUUGGGUGUGAGGUGGAGCCCUGCAUUUUCUACUUUUAUACUGCUAACCAUUAGUGACACAUCUUUUCCUGUGCUUGUUCAGAUUUGUAUAUCAUCUGAAGAAAUAUCUUUUCAAGUCAUUUUCCCAUUUUCUAAUGGGGCUAUUCGAUUUUUUUUGUAGACCUGUAGAAAUUUUUUAAACAUUUUUGAUUUUAAUUCCAUCCUAAAUAUAUGCUUUUCAACUAUUUUCUCCCAAUCCAUAGGUUACCUUUUUGUUUUGUUGAUUGUGUCCUUUGAUGUUGUUUGAAGGAAUUUUGAUUGUCAUGUAGUCUAGUUAAUUUUUAUCCGUGUUUUUGAUGUUAUAACCAAGAAAUCACUGUCAAAUUCAGUGUCAUGAAGCAUUUUCCCUAAAGCCUUAUGUUUAUGUCUUUGAUCUUCUUUUGAGACAGGGUCUUGAUACGUUGCCCAGGCUGAACACCUGGGCACAAGUGAUCUUCCCACCUCAGCCUUUGGAGUAGCUGGGACUACAGAUAUGUGUCAUUGUGUGUGACUUAGGUUUAUUUUGGUACAAAAUAUUAGGCCAAACUCUAACUUCAUACUGUUCCAUGUGGGUAUAUAGCUUUCUAAGCACAAUAUAUUGGAAAAGAUUGUCCUUUCUCCCUAUUGAGUAGGCUUAGAACCCUUUUCAAAAUCAUUUGACCACAUAUGCCAGGGUUUAUUUCUGAAUUCUGUUCAAUUGAUCUAUAUACCUUUAUGAGAGUAUUACAAUUGGAUACAUACUUUUAAAUUUUUUUUAAUGAAUAUAAUGCUGAAUCCAUUUGGAGGCCUAGGCUAGAAGUUUGUCAGUUCCUCUUUUGGAGCAGCUAAUUAUAUCUAUAUCCAAUUACUUAAAUUAGCCCAUUCACAGGGAAUCUGGGAAACAGCUAAUUCAAUCCAGUAGUCUCAUAUAAACUGUCCCCUACAACUUCAGGUUGCUGUGGCUGCUAUGAUGCUAUUCCCUGUGGGGCCCUGCUUGAGUUUUCUCUUUCCUAGCUGUAAAUAAUAAAUACUUUUGCCUUUAAUAUAUAUUAAAGUGACAUUAUGUUAUUUCUUGCCAUGAAGUGAACUUUGUUUCAAAAAACAAUCCAUACCAAGAAAGGUAUUAAAAUUGCAGUGGGCAGGGGAAUGUAGCUCAGUUACGCAACAUGUGCAAAGCCCUGGGUUCAAUUCUCAGCAACACAUACACAUACAAAUGCAGUAGAUGUUGGAAAAUUCUUUAGCCAUUUUUCUGACCUAAUUCAACACCAGGAAAUUCACACUGGAGAAAGGCCUUAGGAGUACAAGCAGUGCAUUCUUUCCUCGUUCGACAUAACUCAUUACAGCAAAUCUCUAGUGAUUCGUUCUCUAAGGAGGUAGUCAGCAAUUGAUCCCCUACUGUCCACAUUAGUAUUAUUUGCUGUGUUGCCACAUAUAUGGAAACUUUGUGAACUGUGUGGCACUACGGAGUUUGGCACUUUUGUCAAAGUUAUUUCAUUUUUACAAAAGUCGUCUUCCCUCUAGCAAUGUGCAGAGAACCACAGUGUGUAAUAACUUUGUCACAUUAAAAUGCUCAGAUAUGACAUCA